AUGGCUCCUUCCUCGUCGCUGAAGGGCAUUCUGCUUGCUGCACUGCUGGCAACCGGAGAGGCUGCGGCUUCUCAAAGAUGCUCGUCUAAAUCUUCGGCUGGCGCGCCGUUAUUUGACUUUGAGACGAUUCAGUUGACAGAUCAGGUCAUCGGGAAGCUUGGUCAAAAUCAGUCGCGCCUCUUUGGAUUUGGUAAUAAUACAACAAACCCGAUCCCCUCAGGCAGUUGUAAGGUGUUUCCCGGUGAUCAACAGUGGCCCUCGCACCCUUCUUGGUCGACUUUAAACAACCUGUUGGACGGAGCGCUGAUUAAAACUGUGCCCCUUGCUGCAUCUUGCUACUCGUCAUGGUCCCAAUAUGACAGUGAGAAAUGCGCGAAUCUAACGGCGCAAUGGACAGACUCCAAUAUUCAUGCUGCUGACCCGGCUUCUGUCAUGUGGCCACUGUUUGAGGGAAGGAGCUGUCUCCCCACCGCUAAUGCAACCUCGAGCUGUACCGUUGGUGGAUACAGUACCUAUUCUGUGAAUGUGUCAACCGUUGCCCAGAUUCAGCUUGCGGUCAACUUCGCUCGCAACAGUGGCAUUCGUUUGGUCAUUAAAAAUACAGGACAUGAUUUCAACGGCAAAUCGAGUGGUGCAGGUGCUUUAGGUAUCUGGACGCACAAUCUCAAAGACAUCGAAUACCUUGAGAACUAUCAUAACUCGGACUAUCAAGGUCCUGCCGUGAAGCUCGGUGCUGGUGUACAGGCUUUUGAGGUGUAUGAGCAUGCUGAGAAGCUAGGAUUCACUGUCGUCGGUGGAGAAGGAAAGACUGUGGGUGUAGCAGGUGGUUAUGUCCUAGGUGGAGGUCACUCACCCCUGUCUAGUCUCUACGGAUUGGCAGCGGAUCAGGUUCUGGCACUUGAGGUUGUGCUCAGCGACGGACGAUUCGUCACAGUGUCCAAGACCAGCCAUCCUGAUCUAUUCUGGGCUUUACGGGGCGGAGGCGGAGGAACCUUCGGCAUUGUCACUUCUAUCAUCUCGCGUGUCUACCCCAAAAUUGGCGUGACAGUCUCCACCUUCCAAUUCUCUACCGGGACAAAUGUCUCUGUAGAUACUUUCUGGGCCGGUGUUCGAUCCUACUUCGAGAGAUUCCCGGCUCACGCCGAUGCCGGCACGUAUGCCUACUUCUGGGUCAUGGCGACCGGUACAAACUCGUUCACUUUCCUUAUGAACCCCUUCUUCGCCGUUAACCACACAUUGGCCGAGUACAAUACUCUUGUAGAGCCAUGGUACAACGAGCUCGACUCACUCGGAAUCAAAGUACAGCCGAACUCGACCUACUACGACAAUUUCUACGACGCCUGGAUGUCAGGAUUCCCCUUGGAAACAGUGGCCUCUUCAACUAUGAUGACAGGCAGCCGUCUCUUCCCACGAUCCAACUGGGAAGAUUCGAAGUCCUUGAACAAUACAUUCAACACUCUCCGCGAGACUGUCACUGCCGGCUUCCCGCUACUCGCCUUUAACAUGAAAGCCGAGCUACAAAGGGGGUUCGCGGCAAACUCGGCGAACUCGGCCUUCCGCCAAACUCUAAUGCAUGCUAUCACAUCAACUAGCUGGACGGAAACCACGUCGAACACUGAUAUCAAAGUCAAGAUGGACCACUUCACUAAUGAUAUUCUUGGCAAAUGGCGCGCUGUCUCCCCCGAUGCUGGAGCAUACAUGUCCGAGUCUGAUAUUCAAGAGCCUCAUUUCCAGCAGUCAUUCUACGGGUCUAACUACAAACGCUUGUAUCAACUGAAGAAGCGGUAUGACCCGUCGACUCUCUUCUAUACACCUACGGGUGUUGGUAGUGAGGAAUGGACAGUGAAGAGUCUUGAUGGUCUUCCGGACCAGAAUGGUCGGUUAUGUCGGCGUUAG